AUGGUAAGUAAGCCAACAACUGAUAUUAGAAGUAAUGUUUUAUGCUACGCAAUGACCUUGAGCGGCGAAGCAUGAGGCUUCGAAACAGACUUUUCAGGCCUAAUUACUGGAUUGAAAGAAUUUGCAUUGGGCUAUUGACUAAAGCUUUCAAAUACUGUCAGUAAUAAAGUGCUCCAAAUUGGAACCGAUUCUGGUCCUCAUUAUACCAUCUCAUCAGUGGAUAAUGGCGUUUUAAAUGGAGUUUACUACAAAGACACCUCAGCAACUGACCCUAGCAACAAUUUUUCAUUUAAAAUUCCAAUAAGUAAUUUUUACAUAGAUGAGUGGAUCGGCAUUGCAUUUAAUUUUCAAGAAUCAAAUUCAGUAGUUACAUUAAAUAUUCUAAUUACUACUAAAGGGAAAAUAUCUAUAACUUCUGAUGCAAACUCAUUAGCAACUUUUAAACUUCCUGAAGGUUAUUUCUUUCUCAGUAAUUCAGUUAAUGGGAUCAUUUCUCAUGCAUUUAUAGCAGAAAGUGCUGUUUUUGAAGGUUCAGAAUAUAGAGAACUUAAGACUGGAGUUCCUGGCUCCCAAAAUUGAAGUAAAGAGACUACAAUUUGUACUGCUGAUUGCGCUGAUGAUGUCUGUGAUUUUUCAAAUUCCUGUACUUCCAGUUAUACUCUAUGUGGGUGCCUGACAUCACAAUGCGAUUCCUGCUCUGAGCCAGCUCGCGAUCCAAGUCAAUACUGCUUGAAAUGCGUAUCUAGACAUUCAUUUAAGAACCAUCACUGUAUUUUUUACUUUAGGCUGCUCUGACGAUCUUGCUAAUUGUCUUGAUUGCUCACCCUUAUCAGGCACUAUUUGUACUUUAUGUGAAGCAGGCUACUUCCUCUACAAUAACGGAUUAGGCACUGUAUCUUGCAUCUGUAAUUUUUAUUUAGCUUGCGCUGACUCCUGCACUUAUUGCUCCCCAAAUCCUCAGUGCUUUCUAUGUUCUUCAUUAAUCGUUCAAGCAGGAGAUACUUGCAGAGUUGAUAGUAUUGGCUACCAAAUCGGCUUCAGCAAAUCAAAUAUCGAAAUUGACUUCGCUAACGCUCUGACUACUGAUUUUACAUUAAGCUCCAUUACUGCCUAUUCAGAUGCUUCUCCUUCAACGCCUUUAACAACAAUUGGAUGGACGCUUAAUGAAUGCAAAGCAGGCGCAACUCAGUGCAGUAUUAAGACUGACAUUAAAGAAAGCCAGCUCCCAAUUAGUCUUGAUUUAGAAUUCAAUCAAGUCUCAGCAUAG